GACAAAUCUAUAGCUUUGAUCAGCUCUCUGAAGAAACCAUGAACGAACGACAGCGAUCGAUCCUCCUCAAGUCCUCAUCUCGAUUCCCACCUCCCCAAGGAGUGAGGCUAUCCUACGGUACGGCGGGGUUCAGAGCCGAUGCUUCGGUGCUGCAAUCGACGGUGUAUAGGGUUGGGAUAUUGGCGGCACUGAGAUCUCUGAAGACACAGUCAGUGAUCGGAUUGAUGAUCACUGCUUCGCAUAACAAGGUGUCCGAUAAUGGAGUCAAAGUGGCUGAUUCGAGUGGUGGAAUGUUGGCUCAGGAUUGGGAGCCCUUUGCUGAUUCCAUUGCCAAUGCCCCUGAUCCCCAGAGUUUCGUCCAGGAAAGUUCGGUCUUCACACAACCUCAAUGGUUCACAGUUCAAUACUUUGGUUGACCUUUCAAGUUAUUGUGUGCAUAUCAAGUAAGUUUGGGGUGUAUGUGCUCCUUUUUCUUUUAUCAUUUAUUGAUUUCAUACCCUUUUUUGGUUUGUUGAAGCAGUUGAUAUGUGACUUUGUGAAGAAGGAAAACAUUCCACUAGAGGCAGUAAAGACCACAGGGAUACUAGUGGGAAGAGACACAAGGCCUAGUGGAGAGUCUCUUCUUGAGGCUGCGAAAGAAGGAGUCAGUUCAAUAGUUGGAGUUGUUGCCAUUGACAUGGGAAUUUUAACAACCCCACAACUGCAUUGGAUGGUCCGUGCUAGAAAUAAGGGAAUGGAAGCAUCUGAACUUGAUUACUUCAACCAGCUUUCGGGCUCUUUCAGGUGCUUGAUGGAUUUGUUACCCCAAGGCAAUAAAACCAAUGAAAUGCAUACAAAAUUAAUUGUAGAUGGCUCAAAUGGUGUGGGUGGGGAAAAGCUUGAAAUUCUGAUGAAGAUGUUGACUGGAUUAAAUAUGGACAUUCGUAAUUCUGGUAAAGAAGGUGUACUCAAUGAAGGAGUUGGUGCUGAUUAUGUGCAAAAAGAGAAGGUUGUUCCAUGUAGUUUUGGAUCUGCCGAUGUUGGGAUAAGGUGUGCAAGCUUGGAUGGGGAUGCUGAUCGGCUUGUAUAUUUCUCUUGUCUAGCAAAUAGUAACAAGAUUGACCUUGUUGAUGGGGACAAAAUAUUGUCUCUGUUUGCUUUAUUUAUCAAAGAGCAACUAAGAAUCCUGAACGAGGUGGAAACUGAAAAAGUAGAAAAGUAUCAUCAAGCACAUCUUGGAGUUGUGCAGACAGCUUAUGCAAAUGGAGCAUCCACUGCUUAUCUCAAACAGCUGGGACUUGAAGUCAUAUUAACUCCCACGGGAGUGAAAUACUUGCAUGAAAAAGCUGCUGAGUUCGAUAUUGGGAUAUAUUUUGAAGCCAAUGGGCAUGGAACCAUAUUGUUCUCAGAACAUUUCAUACGCUGGUUAGAGGAUAGAAGUGACAAGCUUUCUUUGACAUCGAAAGGUUCAGAACAGCAAAAGGCUGCUUUGAGACUAAUGGCAGUCACUAAGUUGAUCAAUCAGGCAGUGGGAGAUGCUCUUAGUGGGUUACUUUUGGUGGAGGUUAUCUUACAACACAUGGGAUGGUCAAUCCAUCAAUGGAAUGAGCUGUAUGAGGAUUUACCCAGCAGACAGCUUAAGGUAAAGGUUCUUGACAGAACUGCAGUUGUCACAGCAAACGCAGAAACUGUAGCUGUGAAGCCCCUUGGUAUCCAAGAAGCCAUUAAUGCGGAAAUAGCAAAAUACCCUCGAGGCAGAUGUUUUAUACGGCCAUCUGGAACAGAGGAUGUGAUAAGAGUAUACGCAGAGGCAAUCACGCAGGAAGCAGCAGACGACCUUGCCAAUUCAGUGGCAAGACUGGUAGACCAGUUUCUUGGUUUCAGCAGCUCACACUGAUCUCGUUUACAUUAACCCUUUCACCUAAUUUCAAAUUAUUGAUCCUCAUUUUUAUACUGAAAGGCAUGUUUUGAGAAUGUAUGACAUGUAUUCUCCCAAAAACACUUGGGUUUGAAUUUUGUAAUGUCUCUUAUUAAAGGAAUGGUCAAGUACCUCCGAAUUCCGGGAAGAAAUAAUUGAACUGCAUUCCAUGCACCCCUAGACAAAUACACUUGAUCGGCUGUCUAAUGAUAGAAUUCAUAUGUCUAGAUUGUUUAACUGUUAGUGAUCACUCCAAAAAGCUUGCUCGGAUAAGACAAGUUGAACUUUGCGAGCUUAAGUUUAGCCACUUAAACUCUUUUUUUUUUUAAAUGAG